GUCGCGUUCCUGAGGGUGAGGGCGGUGAGGGAGGGGCGGCCCCGGGGCGGAUUUUGGGGGGUCCUGAGGGGAUUUUGGGGGUCCCGGUGCCCCAAACCGGGUCCCCAUCGCUGCCCGUGCCCCCCUCAAGCCGCCAUGAGCCUGCAGUGGACGGCGGUGGCCACGUUCCUGUACGCGGAGGUGUUUUUGGGGGUGGUCCUGGCUGGCUUUGCCCUGCUGCUCUCCUUCCUCCUGAGGCGCCUGGUGACGCUGAUCUCGGCGCAGGCCGCCCUGGGUGCCUCCAGCCAGGCGUUCCGCAAGCAGGCCGAGGGCGCCAGCCAGGCGGCCCGGCAGUACCUGGAGGACAACGACGCCCUCAGGAAGCAGCUGCAGGAGUCUGGGGGGGCCCCGUCCCCCACCCGGGACGAGAACGAGACCCUCAAGGCCAAGGUGGAGUCGCUGAAGGAGGAGCUGGAGCUCAGCAAGAAGGCCCUGGAGAAGGCCGAGAGCGAGGUUCAGGCCAUGCGGCGCCAGGCCCAGGGCCUGACCCGUGAGUACGACCGGCUGCUGGAGGAGCACGCCAGGCUGCAGGCCGCCCACGACGGACCCCGCGACAAGAAGGAGUGAGGGGCGUGGCCACGGCAGGCCACGCCCCCACCGGCUGCAAGCCACGCCCACACGGUUACAAACCCCGCCCCCGAGCCCAGGCCACGCCCCCAAAUCUGACCAAGCCCCGCCCCCGGGACCAGGCCACGCCCCCAGCACCAAUUUUGGGGGUGUUCUGGCACCAUUUUUGGGACCGUCCCAGCUUUUUUUGGGGUCCAAAUCUCAUUUGGUGGGGGGUUCAGGCCUCAUUUUGGGGGGCUGAACCCCCCUUUUUCCUGCCCCCCUUCCCAGGGGGGUUUUGGGGGGCAGUGGGGACCCCUCCCCUUUUUUCUGCUUCAAUAAAAUCACCUCGGGUUGGGUCUUGGUUGGUUUCGGGGUCCAAAAUUCGCUCCCGGGACCCCCCAAAUUUCCCCCCUAAAACCCCAAAUUCCAUCCUGGCACCUCCCAAAUUCUCCCUGGGACCCCAAAAUCUCCUCCGGGACCCCCAAAAUCUCCCAGAGACCCCCGAGGUUCCACCUUC